CGCGAGAACCCCGACGUAUCACCACCAUGUCGGGUUGUAGUCUCGAGGACGCCAUCUCCUUCAGCGACGACGAAGAUGGAACUGUAGCCUACUCUGAAGACGAGGUAGAUGUUCAGCGAUACGAUUCAGAGGAUUCUGUCGAUGAAGAUGAGCCAAUCGCAAAUGAGAGCGACGAAGACGACGACCUCUCUUUCUAUGAGACUGCGCCACCGAGUUCCGAUCCUUUACCGGAAUCUUUCGAGCUGCCGAAACUAUCGCUCGAAUGUGGCGAUAUUCGCCCCGACAGUGUUGUCGAGCUUAAGGAUCAUUCUGGACGAACCUCCAAACACCUUCUUUCCGGUGAUUUCUUCUUAGUCCGGAGCAUCGUUGAAAAUGUUCACACUGAGGAAGUAGUCAUCCGAGGGUACCGCAUGAGGCGCGUCGAGUAUCUACAACCACUCUUUGACCGCAAGUUGAAUGACCUAUUCAUCCUGAUUGAGGUACAAGAAGGCGAUCAGCGACCGCGCUUUGUUCAAGGCCUACAGGAAAUAUCUUGCGAGGAGGUCACUCGCAUCCGCCGAUGUGUCUUCACGAACCUCAACUAUGAGUUACUCGGCCAAUCGCAAGUUAACUCUCGCGUACCGCUUCGAUUGAAGACCAAGGACGAAAUAAGGGAAUGGGUUUUCCAGAAGGGCAGACUCAUCUGCCGCUGGGUGCAUGUGGUGGAACAACACUACAAUGCGAAGUCAUACGGCGGUGAAGCUCGACGAGUGCUUAAACGAGAAGUUGCAGAAUUCUCUCAGCACGAGAUUGUGGUAGAGUCCUCUUCAACUUCAACACCGAUACCAAUGGCACGCGCAAGUUCAAGUACCACGCAGCCUCCAUUAGCACAGAGCCAUAAGCGCAAUGGCUCUGUACAAGAGGCGCCCAACCCCUCGAAACGAUUGCAACAUUGUCCCCGUAAAUGUCCAGCUUACACUUUUGGCGACGGUUACUGUGGAUGUGGAGGUUGUUCCGCGGGUGCUCAGCAAGCUGGCUAUCAGAUUCUAUGGGGAUUAGAAAAAGAUGCUAAAGCCAUGCAAGCGUACAAGAAGAAUUUUCCCGGCGCGGUGCACCUCGAAAUGGAUGCACACGACUUCCCUAACAUGGCUAGACGGUGUAUACACGGUUGCGACCAUUUGCACAUGAGUUGCCCAUGUUGCUUCUGGAGUGUGGCGCAUACCGUAGAUGGCAAGAAUGACGAAGCUAAUAUGAUGACGCUGUUCACCGUUGAAGCCUGGCUCCACAAGGUUAAGCCUAGGACUUUUAGCCUGGAACAGGCGCCCGGUCUACUGACACAGGAAAAGCAUAGAAAGUUUUUCCGAAUUCUUGUGAAUGGUAUCCUAAAUCGAGGGUACAACGUUAGAUGGAAGAUCCAAGAUCAAGCUUGGUUUGGCAUCGCCCAACACCGAAGGAGGCUUGUCUUCGUAGGUGCUAAAAUUGGUAUUCCUUUACCACCAUUCCCAAGCCCCAUACACGGUCCAACCAAUAGCGGACUCAAGCGAUAUGUCACUAUCAAAGAUGCCCUACAACCGCUUGAGCAACAAGCUUUCAGCUUUCAGCGAGAUACAUACCACCAACCACACCUCGAAAAGCCUAUAUUAGACAGGGAGGCUUUCGAUCCUCACGUCAACCUGGCAAAAUGCAUCACUACUUCAGGUGGCGAGAACGUGCACCACUCUGGGAAGAGAGCAAAUACCUGCCGAGAGUUGGCGCAAUUUCAAGGAUUCCCCGCGAAUUUCCGCUUCACAGGUUCCGCCACGGAGGCCAAAAAGCAGUGCGGUAAUGCCUGGCCAGUUAAAGCAAACAAGAUCUACUUCCUUACCUGGGCUGCGCAUAUGGAAGCCUUUGACCACGGGUUCAUCGACGCCGAAGACGAAGUGCUUGACAUUUACGAGUUCCUCGAGAACAAGGGCAUCACCAUCCCCAAGCCAGCGCCUAUCGAACUUGACUUCUUCGCAACCCCUCCACGUCAUUCUACCCGUGAGCCAGAGCCAGAAUAUCGGUAUCUCUCACGCAUCGAAAAGACCGUCCAGCCUCGCGGCCCGCUACAAAUCUGGGCGAAACGGAAGGAGCUAGACCCGCUGCCGCAGCGUAGGAGAAGGAACAAUACACGCCAGCCCGUCGUCUUCUCCAGCGGUCUGUCCCAUGACACUGAAGCCUCCUCCUCCCGCACAGAACCGUCCACCGUUCGCCGCCGCAAGCAGCAUCGUCAAGUCCUUUUGGACGGAGAAAUUAUCACCAUCCCUGAUUCAGACUCGGAAUAAACAACCGCGUAUUCUUGUGCGAUGCGAACAUGUAUGCAUCCAGACACAAUAUGUGGUGUCCAGAGUUUGCAACGCAGCAUAUGCCGGCUUUUUCCCUGUUGUUGCGCCGCCGAGGGAGAAAAUCGUCGGCCUUCGCCUUCAUUACUGCUUUUUUGUUUUUACUCAUGCGACAAACAUGUUAACACGUUGCUA